AUUUUGUUAAAACAAACAGUUAUUCAUCUACCCACAAUGCAAUGAAAAAAACAUAAUUUCAAAAUGGCCGCCAUCGAUAUUGAUAAAGUUCGCAUUCUCGUUGUCGGGGAUUCAGGAGUUGGAAAAUCAUCUCUAGUUCAUUUAGUGUGUCAUUCAGAACCAAUUGCCAAUGCAUCAUGGACGAUAGGUGCUGCGGUUGAUGUCAAGGUACAUGAAUACAAAGAAGGCACACCCUCUCAGAAAACAUAUUUUCUAGAAUUUUGGGAUGUUGGCGGUUCAGCUAAUCACACUAAGAGUAGACAUAUAUUUUUUAACCCAGUUCACGGCUUAAUUUUAGUCCAUGACUUAACAAAUCGUAAGUCACAUCUUAAUCUGAGAAAAUGGUUAGCUGAGGUUCUUGCAAAGGAUUCUAAUGGUGCUAAGAUUGGUAGCAACAGUGGCAGUGAAUAUGAUCCAGAGAGGUUUGCUGGGAGUCACAUUCCAAUUCUGGUAGUGGGUACAAAGAUGGACCAAAUAGACCCAAGGAGGGAGAGUGUCUUAUCAAGGAGUAGUCCAGUAGCUGAAGAAUGUGGUGCUGAUGAAAUUAAUUUAGAUUGUAUGCAGUCUAAAGACCUGGCAGCUGGAACAUCAAAAGCUGUCAAGUUCAGCAGAUUCUUUGAUAAGGUUAUAGAAAGAAGAUUUUUUGCAAAAGACCCAUUCCAAUCAGUUUCCACUAGUUCUUACAUGUACACAGACAGAAGACGACCUGUUGCGCCACAGUAUAUUUCAAAAACAUGCCAUCAAGACUGACGUUUUCCUGAAGCUGCAGAAGAUCUUUAAUAUCUUUCUAUCUAAUAUGGGGUUAUUUUCCAAUUCUACGAUAUCAUGGUCACCAUAGUGAACCAAUUAUUCUGCUCUGAAAGUGUAUUUAUUUAAAGGUCAGAAAUGACUGAGAAAGAGAACGUACCAGUCUUUUACAAAAUAUAUCUAGUCUUACAAUGGGUGUACAGAUAAUGGAGCAUGAAAGGACAUUUUGUAUUCCUUCAUUGACCCUUUGGUUUUCUACUGCCAUGACUAAAAUAAGGCAAUCUACUGCUGAAAGUUGUGGUCUGUUUAAUACGGUGUAGGAUUAUUGGCAUAGUCUUGCAAUACAUGCAUUUUUACUACCAUGUAGCUCUUUUGUUUUACUGGACAAAUUAUUUUCAAAUGUGCAAUACUGUAAUAGCUUUCACUAAAACCAGUAAACAAAUUUUAUUUGCCACCUUGUACAAGAUUAUUUGUUCUAUCUAAUCUCUCUUAGUCGGUAUUGACCAUUUCCAUAUACAUAUGUCUGAAAUAUGGUUAAAAAUGCCGUGUAAUUGUAAUUGUUUAAAAUUGCUUUCACAAGUUUUGAGAAUAUAUGAAACAUCACUGCCAGAACAAAAUUGAAACAUAAAAUGUAUUAGAAUGAUACUGCAUAUUUUAGCUAAACGUAUGUUAUAUUAAAAGUAUCGAAACCCCACUUUCCCUCUAAUUUCAUUUUUGAGGUUGAGACUGUUUGUAAGUUGUACAUAAUAUUUGAAACACUACACUAACAUAUUGUGGAGUUAUUAAAGCCAUGUCCUUACUCCUGUACAGUCAUGGUUGAAAGAAUUUAGAACCAAUGGGUGUUACUCGGCACUACAAUACCGGGUAUAUACAUUUCACGCUGGUCACACGAACAUGAGAACAUGAACAAAUUUGUUUUGAUUUUUAGCAAAUAAAAUUGUAUUUGGGUUUUUUUAAAUUCUCAAAAUAAUGACACUAUCAUACAAUAUACUAUAUAAAUAUAUGUACAACCACGUCAAGAGGGUCAAUAUUUAUGUAUUUAAGCACUGAAGAACCAUCAGUCUAAUGUAAGUACACGGUAAUAAUGAACACAAACUUUACUUUUAUUGUGAAUUGAAUUAAUUGAUAUAUUAAUAAUUCAUGUCAUUAUGUAUCAUGUUCCCCUUAAAUAUUUUAUUCUUCUUUCGACUUUAUUUUCAAAAUGUCACAAGGUAGUGUGAUGUUUUGUUAUCAAACUGGGACUUAAGAGAAUUUUUAGAUAUAUGACCAAUGGGCUUCAUGUAAAUAAAUGGGACAUUGUUUUCAAAGAA